AUGGAAAGUUGCUUUGACAUUAUUGGAAUUGUUUUUACAUGACACAUUUAGAUAGCAUAGCAUGUGACAGUCAUAACCCCAGCCUAACUAAACAGAAUACUAAACACCCACUCAGGUUUUUGUACAGAGAGCAAAUGACAAAUACUGCAGCUUUGAUUGUGAUCCUACAGUUACACUUUGAUAUGUUGUUUCCCCCUUUUUAGAACACUGUAAUGAACUUUGCGAGGCUCAAGGCUUUUUCCACUCAUUGUCACUUUGCAUUUAUGUUGCUUUAUCUGUGUGCAAACAAGUUGGAAAAACAAGUUCUACAGGAAUUGUGUGCUCGUGAUCGGAUAAAAGCAGAGGAGGAAGCUGUUUAGAGUUCACAAAGUUCGAGUUUGCUUCGGGUGUUACAGGGGAUUUAAAGUUUCUUCUGUGUUAAUAAUGACCAUACAAGAACUCUCGAUAGAAUAUGAUGCGGUCAACAGCAGGAACACGUUUACAAAUGGAGAUACCAUAAAUGGAAGAAUCAUCGUGGAGGUUUCCAAGGAAACCAAAAUCCAGGCACUUAUUUUCAUAGCCAAAGGAAAAGCUCGGGUGUGCUGGAGUGAAUAUUACGGGCAACAUCAACAUCAUGUGUACAGGUCUAGUGAGAAAUAUUAUGAAGUCCAACAUCAUAUCUUGAGAGAAGCAAGACAAGAUGGCACUGAAGUCAUCGGAAAAGGAAGACAUGUGUUUCCUUUUUCCUUCACAAUUCCUGAUAGAAAGAUCCCAUCAACAUUCACAGGCUCCAUAGGAAGAAUUGUUCACAAGUUAAAGGCAGAGUUGAAACAGUCCAUGAAGCUGACUAAGAGGGCUAAACAACACUUUACAUUCAUAUCCAAAGCAGACAUGGACACCCCAGGACUUAUGGACCCUCAGUAUGGUUGCAAGGAUAAAUCUGUGAAAGUGUUCGGCUCUGGAAAGGUUUCAUUGGAUGUUCACACCAAGCAGAUGGGGUACAUUCAAGGUGAGGCUAUGCAGGUCACACUUGAAAUCAGCAACCGCUCGAGUCGUUCAGUGAAGCCCAAGUUUGUGCUGUACGAGAAAAGGAGUUUCCUUGCACAGGGUCGUAGGAGAGUUCACACAAAUAGAAUCCUUAAGGACAAGAUCAAGGAUAUUGCAUCCUCUGACAAAGAGACCGUGACCAGGGUGAUCAGCAUCCCCAGGGAACUACCUCCUUCCAUCCUGAACUGUGCCAUCAUCAAGCUGGAGUACAGGCUGAAGGUUUAUCUAGAAAUCAAAUGUGCUACAGAUCCAGAGAUCAAGCUCCCCAUUGUCGUCCUCCCUGUUUCCGAGGGUCCUGCUGUUAAACAACCGCCUCCUUCUGCUGGCUUUGGAUUUCAGACCUUCGGGAACCCAAACCCAGCACCCUGGGGAAUGCCACCACCGCAACAAGUAGCACCCAACCCUAUGGAUCUCCCACCUCCAUAUGGAGCAGCAGCAGCAUACCCCUCCUUGAAUGAUUAUGGCAGAUAUGAGAAUACAUUUUAAAUACAACUCUGAUUUUUCCUGGAACACCUACAAUGUUGUGCACGUAUCAAGUGCUACUCCCUAAAAUCUUUUUUCAAACUUUGAAAUUAAAAAUUAGUGACAACCCAUUUUCAAUCCAUGUUGCACUUGAAGCCAAUUCUCACUGAACUAGAGGAGUCAAUCCACUGUGUAUGUAUUGUAGGCUAUAUAUUAAAAAUGCAUGAAUGUAUCUUGUAUAACAUAAAUUCCUUUCCUCAUUGUAAAUAAAGACUUAAUUCUAACUUUGAAUAUAUAACCAAAGUCUUCAAUAUUAUUUAAUUGUGGAAUAAAUCUUCCAAUUGAUAAAUUCUGAAAAAAUGAACUAAUAAUCUUU